AUGCGACAAGCGGUGCGAGUGAAUGUACAACGCAUUGCGCCGCUCGCUACUGUUUUCAUACGCAGCUUCUUACAGCCCCCUCCGCCGUGCGGCAUCAACCACUCAUCGAGUCCCAUCGUCGUCCCUCCUCCGCAUUCUCAGACUCCAAACACAGUUUCUCGCAUUACAGGACACGUUCAACGCUCGACUCCUCCGCCAGGCAAGACUGUAGGAUCCUAA